GAAGCGCAAAAAUCCCAUCAGUGUUGGUGCGCGAUGGAAAGGAUGUAGUCCAGAUCUGUAGCUGUCUGUGCCCGGAAUGGGAAAGUGGAUUACGGCUCUUCUACAGACACGAAGACCGCGGUAGAGACUGGAUACGGAAUGAUUGCGCGUGGAUUUUUUUUUUCUUUUUUAUAAUGAAAAGUAUGGGAUCUGAACGCACCGGUUUAAAGCCCUUACUGGGAGUGAAUGAGAUGCCGUGUCGAGGCUAGAGGCAGCAGUGGACUGUUCCAGACUCAGUGGAAAGCCCCUCUAGAUGAGCCAGACACAGCCACCCAGCUGCACGGUAAAGGAAUAAGGAUUUAAUAUGUCAACAGAGGCCGAGCUCCAGCCUGCUGCCAGACCCAGCGUCAGAAAGGAUUCCAAGAAGAGAGGGCAAGACCGCAGUGAGGCAGCUCUGAUAAAGCGCUUUAAGGGGGAUGGUGUUCGCUACAAGGCCAAGCUCAUUGGGAUAGAUGAGGUCACUGCUGCAAGAGGAGAUAAGCUGUGUCAGGACUCAAUGAUGAAACUCAAGGGAAUCGCAGCCUCUGCGCGGUCAAAAGGAGAACACAAACAGAAAGUUUUCCUCACUGUGUCCUUUGGAGGGAUCAAGAUCUUCGAUGAGAAGUCAGGGGUUCUUCAGCACCAUCAUGCAGUCCAUGAGAUUUCCUAUAUCGCCAAGGAUAUCACGGACCACCGAGCCUUUGGUUAUGUGAGUGGAAAAGAGGGAAACCACAGAUUUGUGGCCAUCAAAACCGCUCAGUCUGCUGAGCCGGUGAUCCUUGACCUCCGUGACCUUUUCCAGUUGAUUUAUGAGAUUAAGCAGAGGGAGGAGAUUGAGAAGAAAGCUCAGAAGGACAAGCAGUGUGAACAAGCUGUUUAUCAGACCAUUUUGGAAGAAGAUGUGGAGGAUCCUGUGUAUCAGUACAUUGUAUUUGAAGCGGGACACGAGCCCAUCCGUGACCAAUCAGAGGAGAGCAUAUAUCAGGUCCCUACCAGCCAACAAAAGGAGGGAGUUUAUGACGUUCCAAAGCGACAUCCAAAGAGACAUAACGAACAGAUCAAUCUCUUGGAACUAGACACUGACCUGUUGAUGGUCACCAAGAAUAUCAACCAGUUAGAACUUUUUGGAGACAUGUCCACCCCUCCUGAUAUUACCUCCCCGUCGACCCCAGCAUCUCCGGCUAAUACUCUGGACCCUUCGCUGGCCCACCAGCCUGAACUGUUCUCCCCCUUCAACCCUGCCUCUGUGCCCUCAGGUUAUGUGACGAUGGGAGCUGUGCCACCGGCGUGGGCACAGCAACAGUUUGCCGCUCAGGCUCCAUUAGCGUUUGGCGUCCAGUCCCCAGUGCAAGUUGCCCAGGUCUUACCGGGUGCUCAGCCUCUGAUCUGGGGCCAGGCCAACCUUUUCCCUGCCACUCAGCAACAGUGGGCGGCAAUGGCAGGGGCCCAUUUUUCACCUGCUGCUUUCAUGCCCGCUCAGACAGUCGGACCACUUCCUGCUGCCAUGUUUCAGGCACUGGCCCCUAUGGCAGUGCCCGCGUCCUUCGAGACGCCCACGGCAGCCAUGGGUGGAGCCGUAGCAGGCACCUCUGCCUCCACGGCCUCCAGUCCGCAACACGGAGAGCGCACGCUGCAGAGACAGGCAAAAAUGAGCAAGGAAAUGUUUAAGGACUUCCAAAUGUCAAAGCCUCCAGCCAUGCCUGCAAGGAAAAGUGAGCAGCCUAGCCUGUCCUGCACCACAGAUGCUUUCUCCAGCUACUUCAGCAAAGUGGGAAUGGCGCAAGACACGGACGAUUGCGAUGACUUCGACAUCUCGCAGAUGAACCUUACACCGGUCACCUCCACCACACCCUCCACCAACUCACCACCCACCCCAGCCCCUCGGCAGAGUUCUCCAUCAAAGUCCUCAUCCCACGCCAGUGACCCGCCCACCGAUGACUCAUUCGGCGAGGCAGAGGGCAGCCCUAGUCGGAGUGGAGAGGAGGAUGCUGCUGGAGACUCCCAGCAGUCUCUGGGUGCGAGCGAGUCUCGAGUAGAGCCCGAGAGCUCAGAGGCGGACAGUCCUCAGGUCGGUAGCUAGAUAGAGGCAGGUCGGGGGGAAGGACCCUCUUUAUGCCCAGAUCAACAAGGUGAAGAAGUGAAGGAUCACUGGAACUCUGCACAGUCAUGAUCAGCACUGGGGGGAGCAGGAGACCAAGACACUUGAUUCUGUGUGUGUGUGUGUGUGUGUGUGUGUGUGUG